AUGUCGUCGGAAACUUCUUCCAUUCAGCCCCCCACUGCCAUUCCCCCUCGAACUAGCUCUGCGGGUGCCACAGACGGAGCUAGUACAAACUCAUCCGUGAGAGGACAAUCCAGCCUCGCCGCCAUUCCUGAAUCAAAUGGCGAUCAACUACAGACGAACACGAACAUCCGCCGCAAUCACACUCGUAACCGGUCCAGCCUAGAUGGCACAAAAUAUAAAGAUGGCCAGUGGUCGCCGGAGAAUGAGGUGAUCGUGCUGGGUCCCUAUGAUUAUAUGCUGCAGCAUCCUGGCAAGGAUAUACGGCGGCAGCUUAUCGACGCAUUCAAUGAAUGGUUGAAAGUCCCCUCCGAGAGUUUGGCUAUCAUCACCAAGGUGGUAGCUAUGCUUCACACAGCAUCACUAUUGAUCGAUGAUGUCGAAGAUUGUUCCAUUCUUCGUCGCGGAGUUCCUGUGGCUCACAAUAUCUACGGAACAGCUCAGACCAUCAAUUCGGCGAAUUACGUUUACUUCUUGGCUCUCCAAGAGGUGCAAAAGCUGAACAAUCCUGCCGCAAUUGAUAUUUACGUGCAAGAGUUACUGAACCUCCAUCGUGGUCAAGGAAUGGACCUGUUCUGGCGAGAUACCCUCACCUGCCCCAACGAAGAGGAAUACCUCGAGAUGGUUGGAAACAAGACCGGUGGGUUGUUCCGAUUAGCUAUAAAGUUAAUGCAGGCCGAGAGCAGCACGGGGAAGGACUGCGUGAGCCUGGUUAACGUGUUGGGGCUGAUCUUCCAAAUCUGUGAUGAUUACCUCAACCUAUCCAAUACAACCUACACUAAGAACAAAGGUCUCUGCGAGGACCUCACGGAGGGAAAAUUUUCGUUUCCCAUCAUUCACAGCAUUCGAUCCGACCCGAGUAAUCACCAGCUCAUCAACAUCCUGAAGCAGAAAACUAAGGAUGAGGAGGUCAAACUGUACGCAGUCAAAUACAUGGAGAGCACUGGCAGUUUUGCGCACACUCAGGAUGUUGUCCGGGAUUUACGCGAUAAAGCCUUGACACUUAUUGCCGAGAUAGAGGCAAGUGAAGAUAGCAAGGAACCUGAAGGCAACGACAAUAGAGUGACGAUGCGUGCCAUUCUUGAUAAGAUAACCGAGUCAACUCUUAAAGACGCUCGAAAGGCAGAUGUAUGA